AUGGGCAGUCUGUUAGUGCCAGAUUUUGUUCCUUCUCCAAUCCAAGAUGCUGAAACUCUCAGGAAAUCCUUCAAAGGAUAUUUACUCGGACUGGGAACUGAUGAGAAGGCGAUAAUAAUGGUGUUGGGACAUAGAAAUGCAAGCCAGAGGAAGAAGAUCAAAGAAGCAUAUCAGCAGCUUUAUAACAAAUCUCUAAUUGAUGAUCUUCAUUCUGAAUUAUCUGGUGAUUUCGGGAAAGCAGUGAUCCUCUGGACAUAUGAUCCUCCUGAAAGAGAUGCGAGGCUAGCGAAUGAGGUUUUAAAUUCAUGGAUACAUGACGUAACCCGUCUACAAGUGAUAGUAGAGAUAGCUUGUGCAUCUACUCCUGAUCAUCUAGUUGCUGUGAGACAAACAUACUGUGCUCUUUUUGGCUGUUCACUUGAAGAGGAUAUCAUAGCACAUGUCUCUCUUCCUGUCCAAAAGGAUAUAAUGAAUUGCGGCGAAGGUCUUUUGGAAUCUAUCUUGAAAGUGGUUAUUUGGUGCAUAGGCUCCCCAGAGAAGCAUUUUGCUGAGGUCGUAAAGGUCUCCACCGAUGGGCUAGGAACUAAUGAGGAUUCUCUGAGUAGAGCCAUUAUAACUAGAGCUGAAAUUGAUAUGAUCAAAACUAAGGAAGAAUAUGUCAAAAUGAAGGAUACUGCUCUUGAAUAUGCAGUAGCUGAUGAUACAUCAGGUUACUAUAGGGAGUUUCUCAUGACCCUUCUUGGUGCCAAUAACAGUAGUUUGUAGUGUUUGUAUCCUUUAUCAUUGGUAAUAUGAAGAGUUGGUGAUAUUGUCAUUUAACUUUGUUUGCUUUCAAUAGACCCUUCAUCCUUGUGGUC